GCCGUUGCAUUCAAACGGUGCGCGCGGGCGCGGCGUUGUUCGCAUCGGCUGGUCCCGCAAUGGCCUCAUCCCGCGGCAGCUGGAGCUACGACGCCCCGACCCACGUCGAUUUCGGCAACCUGCAGGAGCACGACGACCCCACGGCCGACUACUGGUUCGAUUGGCAAAUUGAACAAGAUGGAGCUACAGCAAUUACUAUGCCCAAGGCAGUACCAAUCGUACAAAAUCAGAAUUUUGGAGCGGAUCAAAUUCAGCAAAAUGGAGCAGGAACUAGCCCUGUCCCACACAGCCAAGAUAUGAGAACACAUGAAGAUUCUUCUGAAACAGAGGUUGCAUCUACAAAAGAUGCACCUGAUAAGCCACCACAAAACUUGGCAACCUCCCUGGAAGAAUGGAGAUCCAAAUCAAACAAGACUACUGUGCCAUUGAGAAGAUCGACCCGCAGACCAUCUGAACAAUUGAGAAAACAAUUGGGCACCAUUAGAGCUGCCAGGCGAUCUCAGGACGUGAAUUUGACAGAACCUCCAGUUAACAAAAAAGCUCGGUUGGAUCCAAAUGGAAAAUGUUCCAAGAGCACAGCUGGUAGUCUAAAUCGGAGUCAGGGCAGAUUGACAAUGCCUGGUACUCCUACAGUUCUCAGAAGGCAGCAACGUAUCGGUUCAAAGGGAAAAAGCACGGAAGAAUUAGAGAUGGAAAAAAUUGCUCAAUUUCAGAAGGAAAUGGCAGAGCAGAGGAAACAAAAUGAAGAAUCGCUGAAGCUUGCCAUCUCUGGUGCAGGUCAGAGCAAGAAAAAGGUACAGAUCCCAGUCACAAAGCCGGUGGAUAUAAAGUUCCACACAGAUAAGCGCAUACAAGCACAUGAGGGACAAGUGUACAAGGAAGUGAACUUCACCAAUGAACUGCGCAAACAUAGACAAUCACCUACACGUGAACACAAAGGUGUUACAAUACCAAAGCCUUUCAAACUCUCUUGUGGGAGCAAAAGGAAGCACGUGGAGACGGAUAACCAAGAAUAUGUUUCACUGGCAGAGCAGGUAGAAGCAUUUCAAUGUCGGACACCAUCACGAUAUCACCUGAGGAGCAGCCAUCAUGUGGAGGAAGGUCCUUCCAGGCUGUCUGCAAAAGUGAAACUGACCAAACCUCACACUCCCUUACUGGCAACUAAGAGCCGUGCUCGACCAACCACAUGUAAGAGUACAGUUGAAAUAGAAGCUGAGGAGCUGGAGAAAAUACAGUCCUACAAGUUCAAAGCCCAGGAGGUAAACCCCAGAAUCCUGGAAGGUGGCCCAGUUCUACCAAAGAAGCCGCCUGUCAAAGAACCAACAAAACCCAUUGGCUUUGAUUUGGAGAUAGAGAAGCGCAUUCGGGAAAGGGAGGAAAACCGAAAGCCUGAAGUGGAGGACCACAGCUUCCAUUCACGGCCCUGCCCUUCCAGGAUACUGGAUGAUGUUGUGGGAGUCCCAGAGAAAAAGACAUUACCCAUAACAAUGCCCAAAUCUCCAGCUUUUACUCUGAAGAACCGUGUGAGAAUGCCACGUAAGGAGGAAGUGAAGGAGGAAAUGCAUGUGAUUAAAGCAAAUCCCAUGCCACACUAUGCUGUACCAUUCAAGCCAAAAUCCACUGCAGAGAAAAUUGUAGCAAUUCAGCCUUUCUCAUUUGAGGCCCGGGACAAAGAAAGAGAAGCAUUAAAACAGAAGAAAAUAGAGGAAAUGCGCAAGAAGGAGGCUGAGGUUCCUGUGUUUAAAGCAAAGCUGCUUCCUGACUUUGAAUUUGCCCGGCUACCUGAUAAGGUGGUGAAGUCUGCGACCAAAGUAGAACCAUUUUAUCUACGACUAGAAGAACGUGGUGCUAUCAAAGACCAAGAAUGGGCACAGAUGAUGAAGGAAGAGCUAAGAAAACAAAAAGAAGCAGCAUGUUUUAAAGCCAGACCCAAUUCUGUUGUUUACCGUGAGCCAUUUCAACCAAAGAAGGCAGACCAAUCAUUAACAGAAAGGUUUCCUUCUAUGGCUCAAGAGAAGUUUGAAUUAGCAACAGAGAAGCGUGCAAAAGAGCGUAUAGAAUUUGAAAUGCGCAAAGCAGAAAAAGAAGCGAUGCGAGAGAAACUUGAGGAGGAAAAGAAGAAAGAAGCUGAAGAACAUGAAAGAGAAGAAAUGGCUAAACUUCGGCAGGAGCUAGUACACAAAGCAAAUCCUGUUCGACAGUAUAAAAAAGUGGAAAUCAAACCCAGUGAUCAACCACUAACAGUUCCCCACACUCCUCACUUCUCUGAAAGAUUUAGGCUGUAAUAUAUGCUAUUAUGUUAACUCUAGAGGACUUGAAGCUAUCUGUAAUAUUUCUAAUUUCAUUGCAGGAUUACUACAGUUCUUAUUACUAAGUCAUGUUGCCAAUAAAAUUGAUUUUAAUGCUUUUGGUUACAGAAUGUGUACUAUCACUUGUUCUGUGCCAAUGAAACUUUUCAUAUGGUGUAUUUCCUUAAUGAAAGGCAAUUAAGGUAGAAUAAACCAGAAUGCUUCAAUUAUUGAAA